AUGGCCAGGGUUUUGUCGCAUCUAUCGGAGCAGAACGAUGUGAUUUUUGGUCAAGUAGUUUCUGGGAGAACCCUUCCUGGCGCAGAGGAAGUGAUUGGACCAGUAUUUAACACGAUCCCUUGUCAUAUUGAUCUGUCGCUAUAUCGGACUUAUGGAGACUUAUUGCGUGGAAUCCAAGGCGCCAACAACGAAGCCUCUCAUACCAGCAUGCGUCGCUACGGUCAAUCCAACGAGAGCUGGGACCGGACACAGCUCACAACCCCACCAGCCUACCGCCCAUAUGGGAUCCACUUGAUCACAAUGAAAGGAAGAGACAAAGACCCAGGCUCCAAUUUGAAGUAUGGACUCAACAUCGAGCUUCACCAAAGCUCUUCUGGCUUCACGAUCCGUGCCUCUUGUUCUGCGGCUGUCAUGAACCAGGCGAAGCUUGGGGAACUACUUUCCGAAUUCAAAUAUGUCCUUCAUCAAAUAACUAUGAAUCCAUCUAGCCUCAUCCACAUCCGACACAACUCUCGUCCAGACUCGAUAAAGCCUAGUGGUGAUCCAAAAUUCCAACCCCUCCCUCAACCCAAGCAACCCAUAUCACUGCAUAUAAUUAAAUUUAGGGACCUGCUCGUUACAUUCACUAAAAUCCCUGCUUCUAACAUCCGGCCAUGCUCCCAACUCGCCACGCUAGGGCUGGAUUCAAUAUCUUCCAUUCAACUUACGAGUAUGGCCAAGCGUGCCGGAAUCAAACUGUCUGCCGCGGACGUUGCUCGGAGCACCACCCUCGCAGAUGUCGCUACGAUCAUCGCCAAAAAUUCCGAGAUGCCGGAACCCGCUAACAAGAAAUCUGCACCGCUCCUGUCUCCUCCGCUUCUUGAGGGCCACGUUAUUGCUCAGGUCCGUCAAACUCUACCCCUAGCCUACAAGAUGCUUGGAGGAUGGCGAUUCCAGCAUGCGUUUACUUUCAAGGUUGCACCGUUUGUAGAUUCUCCCAGGCUACAUCAAUCAUGGAACAAACUUGUUGAACGACAUGCCAUCUUGCGCACGGUCUUUACCGUUCUUGGCGAUCAAAAUAUUCUAUGCGUUCUUAAGCCCGGAUCAAUCUCAGCACCCUGGAACGAAGUAAUUGUUGACGGGGCCAUAGGCGAUCUUGAAGAGGUUGGGAAAAUCGCAAGAAGAACUGUUAGCGAUCCUCCGUCACUUCGUAAUGGGCCGGCCGCGAGGUUAACUUAUAUGCGCGGAAAGGAAGGUGACUAUUUGAUUCUCGAGAUGCACCAUGUGUUAUAUGAUGCAUGGAGUUUUAACAUGAUUCUGCGGGAUCUAGAAGAUAUUUACCUUGGGAAAGCCCUCCCUGAGAGAAACGACAUAGGUCGACUAGUGAAUUCAAUUGCCUCCCGAGAAAACAUACAGGAGCAGAGGACCUAUUGGGAAACUGCACUUCAGGGUUUCGAGCCGUCGAUGGCGGAACCACCGACCAAUGCUCCGUCUGGUGCAUACUCCUCCUUCAGUUUGAUGGCCAUCGGAAAGUUUGUCAAGCGUACCCCUACACCACUGCUGCUUUCAUUGGGAGCACUUCAAGGGGCCGCUGCCAUUCGGCCACGCCUCUCUCGAACGGCCCGUUUAUUCACAAGCGGUCUGGCAGCUACCGGUAUCUGCCUCUCCGCUCUGUCUCUUGCUCGGAUCAUCUUCCCGAAACUGUUGCCCCAGAUGCUCGUACGCACUGCGUAUUCCGCGACCUCGGUUCAAGCAAGGCGCUCAAGCAAUGGGGAGAGAGGUGUAGUUUUCGGGCUUCUACACAAUGGACGCGGACUCGAUGGUAUCGAUGAUAUUCCGGCCCCUUGUAUCAACGUAUUACCCGUCUACGUGCACAGUCCGUUGGGACAAAAUGUCUCGGUUGUAGCGCAGUCUCUCCAGACAGACCUCAGAUUACGCUCUCCCGCAGUACAGCAAAGCCGGCUCCGAGAUGUAGGCGUAUGGGUCGGAGCUCCUGGUAAACCACUGUUCCAUUAUUUCGUGAACAUGUUGAAGGUUCCCUCUACAAGCGACGGAGAUGAGACUUCGGCUAGUAUUUUAGAGCGCAUAAAGGACGACUGCAUGAUCGAGGUGUUCUUCGACAGUAAACGGGAUAGCAUAGGCAUGGAAGUGACCUGCAAGUCUGGGGUCCUGAGUCAAGAACAGGCGCAAGAACUUGCUUUAGAAUGGAGAAAUGAGGUUCUGAAUGUGUUCCGCUCGCAGCCCACUGUGGCUUGA